UCCCCUGAGCCCCGCUCCGCAGGGCCUCGGUGACCAGGCCGUCGGGGGCCGUGCCGCGCUGUGUGGACGAGCUGGACGGGUCUGGCUGGCAGCCUCGUUUUGCCGGAUUAAUGCGAGACGCAGGGAGGGGACCGGGAGGAGGUCCCUCUCUAGGCAUUCAGCGUGUUUACUGCGCGUUUGGUGUGUGUGCCUCCUGCUGUACCAAAAGGCGUAGACGCACGAUUUUGGUUGCUUCUCAACAGUUUUAUCACGGAAUUGAUUUGAUAGCACCUAUCGAUGGCUCUAAAGAAGUCCUCACUGUCUUUGGAAUCCAGUGAGAGUGACUCUGAAGAGUUGCCAACAUUUGCCUUUCUGAAGAAGGAAGCAUCUUCCACAAAGAGGAGGCAGCCUCAGAGGGAGGAGAAGAUUGUUGUGGCUGGUAAUUCAGAUUCUGAGGCCUCCUGUCCUCCGUCACCAAAGUUGGAAGACGCACCACCUGUCCCAGACACAGCUGACCCUGUCACACAAACAGAGCCAGUCAGGGUGCUGAGCAGCGGGAGUGACGAUGAGGAGGAAUUAAUCCCCCUGGCCCAGAGGCUUCCGUGUAAGUUUUUGACCCGCAAGCCGCCAAGCCCCGAGGAUUCUAGCUCCCCGAUAAAAAGCGUGUGGGAGCAUCAGGGUACUGAAGGAGCAUCACGUGACUGGAAAGAACAGUCCUUUCCAAAGGUCCCUGAUGUUUCCUUCCGUGACACCUCAGAGAGACGUUCAUCAAAUACCAGGGACCCUGGGGGAGACCAGCUGUGCCAUCAGCUUCCAGCCUUCCAAGCUACCUGCCCUGUGCGGAGCGACUGCUUGACAGCGCCCAAAACAAAUGCUGAAGGCCUCCCACUUCAGAAGAGAACCAGGCGUCAUCAGAAGGUCCAAAGGAGAGGCUCACCGGGAUGCCGGCCACGGGGACAGGCAAGCCGGGAGGAAAGCUCCAAGAGACAACAGGAGAGGAAGGCGGCGGCGGCCCCGCUGAACAGGCUGAAAGCUCAGAGGCCCGAGGAAUGCUUACAGCACAUCGUUGUGGGGCUGGAUCCAGAGCUUUUACAGACGGAAGGCGGAGGCCAGCUCCUCGGGGCGCUGCAGUCCAUGGGGUGCCGCUGCGUGAUUGAGGUGCAGGCCGUGCCUCGCAGCAUCGCCUGGAGCAGGAGGGCCGGGCCAGCUGAGGACGGAGCGGAAGGCUGGCUGGAGGAGCCGAUGGUUCUGGUGCUGCUCCCGACAGAGGCGUUUGCGUCCAUGAUCUACAACUUCAAGCAGGGAAGUCUGGGGGGCUCCGAGAAAGGGAAGGAAACCCUCCGGAGCUUUGUAAGUGACACCACAGCAAGGACGGCUGGGAAAGUCCUGUCCCUGGUGAUUGUGGAUCAGGAGAAACGCUUCAGUGUGGAACUGCUGCCCUCCCACCUCCCCUAUCCCAGUGCGCCAGAUCCUCCCAGGAGGAGGAAACCGGGAGUGGCACACAGGGAACAGACCAAGGAGAAGCAGCGGAGACAGCCGGAGGCCGGCACAGGGCACGCGGUGUCCAGGCUCGAUGUGGAGGAGGCAUUGGUGGAUCUGCAGCUGUACACAGAAGCCCAGGCACGGAUCGUGCAGAGCUGGAAAGAGGUGGCCGACUUCGCGUGCGCGCUUACAAAGGCUGUGGCUGAGGCGCCCUUCAAGAAGCUUCGAGAUCAAACCAGUUUCUCCUGCCUGGAGAGUGACUGGGCGGGAGGGGCAAAGGUUGACCGAGCUGGCAGGGGACUCGCACUGGUCUGGAGGAGGCAGAUUCAGCAGCUGAACCGAGUGAGCCUGGACGUGGCAAGCGCCAUUGUGGACACCUAUCCCUGCCCCCGGCGUCUGGUCCAGGCUUACAGGCGGUGUUUUUCGGAGCAAGAACGCCAGAACCUGCUUGCAGACAUACAGGUACGCCGCGGGGAGGGCGUGACCUCCACGUGCCGCCGCGUUGGGCCAGAGCUGGCCAGGCGGAUCUACCUUCAGAUGACCACUCGACAGCCGGCUCUCUCCUUGGACGGUGCAGACUGAUGCCAGGCCUCGGGGACGGGGUGAGAAACGAGGCUUCCAUAUCCCCCACGUUGGAGCACAGGAAGGGACUGGACGUGUCCCCUGAAGCACAAGCCGGGGUCAGGCCGCGGGCUCUCUGCUGGGUGCCCUUCUCUGCAGAAGCCUCCCUGCAGGCCUGGACAGAUGGCGGACAUGCUGGCAUUUUCCUCCACCAGCGUGUAAUUUUCCUCUCCUGGCGAAAACACGGCUGUCGCGCACAGGUCGCCCCCCGCCCCCCGCCAGCCCUCGACCCUCAAAGCACCAAUGCAGACAGACCACUCAGACACACGUUUAAUAACUAGACAUCCAGAAGAACCUCAACAUCAGAUCUCAAGAUGAUGAGUGAACCGCGACCAGCGGGCUGGCCGCGCCCUGCCUUCCUGUCACCUGCCAAAGCCGCCCCGGCCAGCCCCCGCAUGGGGACUUCUGUAGCCUCUCAAUCUCAUGUCAUGUACUGUGUAGUUUCAAUAAAACGUUUGUACCAAUGGCUCUGGAGCUCAGAGGAA